AUGCGAAAACGGCGGCGAGACGGCGUACUUACUGCCGUCGCUGCUGCAGCUUUUUGCAUUCUCGUCAGUGUAGCAGACCACCGGACAGUAGUAAGUGAUCCCGUGUUGAAUGAAGACGAGCAGGCAGUUGAUACCCCAAGCAGUGACGAAGCCGAGAUGACGGCGCUCCUGGAAGCCGAAGACCGGUCGUUUCUGGCCUACACAAUGGUCCCCGAGAUCAAGCUCCAGUUUGAUCCCCUGACGACGUCGCCUCCGAAUUGGGUCGGCCCCAGCAUCGGCGACUUUACCGACUCGGCCUGUUACCGCAAGAUUCAUCGACAUGACUCGAACGGUGAGUGCCCUCGAGGGUUCGCCAAGAACGCAGGCUGGUGCUCGUCGCAGUGCCCCAUGGCGUACCCCGUCCAGUGCAUUGCCGAGUGCGUGCCCCAGAACGACGACUGCGUGCUGGAUAUCAUGGCGAAGGUCACGAAUCCAGGCUACGUGGUGCUGAACAUUGCCACGGCUGGCGUGUUCAAUGCGCUGCACAAGACGGCCAAGCACAUCAAGCAUGGCGUAAUGUGCGCGUUCAAUGUGUUUAACAUUGCCGAAGGCAUCUCUCGAUUCCUGCGCACGCGACAGCUUUUGACGCCAAAUAGCACAAAAGAAGAGCUCCUUGCUGCAGCGUAUCAGACGGACUUGUUCCUAGUUGAUCUACCCGUUGCAAUCACUACGUGCAUGGAUGACAAAGUCCACAGGUUUGCCUUCUUUGCGGAUGCAGUCGUUACUGCAGCCGAGACGUUGGUGAAGCAAUUGGUACUCAACCGUAACGCGAUCAUGAGCUCUGCAGACGCCUUCCUAGCGUUCUUUCGCAACACGACAGCAGGCAAGUCGGCGAGGGAUCUAGACGCGGAAAGUGUCGCGAACCUCACGAGUCUGAUCAACUCUGGCUCGUCGUGCGGGUCCAAUCUCAAGCGUCUGACGGACCGAGUGAUCGUGAAGAUUGCAGACAUCCGUGACAGCAAUCCAUCCGCUAGUAAAGCCGACAUUCGACGCGAAGUCGGCAGUACUUCGAUCAUGCUGGAUGAUGUCCCGGCGAUCACGAACGAGUGCAUGGGCGAGUUGCUCAAGACGAAGAAGCCGUACGUUGCGUACCAAACGCGGGAUACGUUGAGGAAGAUUUUUGGCGUGAUCGUUGAGCAGCUGAUCAAAACGUCCACUACGGACAUGGGCAAGGCCAUGGCAAGGAAAGAUUACCUGGUGAAAACAAGCAACUUAGGACUUCAAGGUCUCUCGGCGAUUGACCCCACGGGCAUUGCGUACAUGACGUUUAAUUACGUGCAACCAAUGUGCGGUCCGACCGAGUUUGUCGGCGAGAUCGAUGACGGGUCGCUGACCGAUGCGCUUGGGCUUACGACCAUGGACAAUGCAUUUCGUGGCAGUGAAGGUACAUGGACCAAGAAGGGCGAUGGCCUUGUGCGAAUCACUUUUAUAAGUACUGACACGAAAACCGUCAAAGUGGUGAUUCACUCGGGUGGCAAGAAGGUCGACUCGGUUCACGUGAAGUCCGGCAGAACCGUGAUAUGGACGUCCACCGUGCAAGAGCUGGCCGACAAGACGAUGUACUUGGAUCGCUGGCGUCCAGGGGUUUUGGGUAUACCUGGUUCGAGUGGCGGAUCUCUUUUGCUGUGGGUGUCCAGGUCGUCGGAAGGCGGUCACCUCGAAAUGACCGUGAAGAUCAACGCGACCUGA